GCCUCCGCGUCCACCCCGCGCCGCGGCCAGGCCCGGGCGCAGCGCUGCGGAGAGCGAGGGCCGCCUGGAGGCCGGCCGGGGCCCGCGCGGCGAUGAUGAACAGGUUCCGAAAGUGGCUGUACAAACCCAAGCGGUCAGACCCACAGCUGCUGGCCCAGUUCUACUAUGCUGACGAGGAGCUGAACCAGGUGGCCGCGGAGCUGGACAGCCUGGAUGGGCGGAAGGACCCCCAGCGGUGUACACUACUGGUCAGCCAGUUCCGCUCCUGCCAGGAUAACGUGUUAAACAUCAUUAACCAGAUCAUGGACGAGUGCAUCCCCCAGGACCGCGCCCCUCGGGAUUUCUGUGUCAAGUUCCCCGAGGAGAUCCGGCAUGACAACCUGGCUGGCCAGCUGUGGUUCGGGGCUGAGUGCCUGGCCGCUGGUUCCAUCAUCAUGAACCGCGAGCUCGAGAGCAUGGCUAUGCGACCGCUGGCCAAGGAGCUGACCCGCAGCCUGGAGGAUGUUCGGGGCACCCUCCGUGACCAGGCGCUGCGUGACCUCAGCACCUACACAGAGAAGAUGCGGGAAGCGUUGAGGCACUUCGAUGUCCUGUUUGCCGAGUUUGAGCUGAGCUACGUCUCGGCCAUGGUGCCCGUGAAGUCCCCCAGGGAGUACUACGUGCAGCAGGAGGUCAUCGUGCUGUUCUGCGAGACGGUGGAGAGGGCCCUGGACUUUGGGUACCUGACCCAGGACAUGAUCGACGACUAUGAGCCAGCCCUCAUGUUCACCAUUCCUCGGCUGGCCAUCGUGUGUGGCCUCGUGGUCUAUGCGGAUGGACCCCUGAACCUGGACCGCAAGGUGGAGGACAUGUCCGAGCUGUUCCGUCCCUUCCAUUCGUUGCUACGGAAAAUCAGGGAUUUGCUGCAGGCGCUGACGGAGGAGGAGCUGCAUACCCUGGAGCGGAGCCUCUGUGUCUGCCAGGACGUGGAGCUCCCCAUCCGGGCAGACGUCCCGGUGCCCACUGCCCUGGCACCUGCCUUUCCCGCAUCCCUUCCCCCUGAGGAGCCACUCUCAGCCGAGGCCAGGAACCCAGAGGCAGAGCUGGCCUGCUCCAUGCAGUACGAUGACCAGGAGCUGGAGGCGCUCAGCCGCAUGGUCCACCGGGCUGGGGACGAGAUGUCAUCUCUGCUCUCGCCACCCAGUGCCUGCCAGUCCCCGGCACACAGGCCAGGGGCAGAGGGCAGCCCCCGAGGGGAGGCUUCUCCAGGCAGAGCGCGGCUGAAGUCGGGCAGUGACGAGGAGGAGCGGGUGUUCUUCAUGGACGACGUGGAGGCGGUGGAGGCCCCUGCCAGGCUGGAGUCGCCAGGUGCUCCGUUUGGGUGGGCAGACAGUGCUGGGACCGGCCCCCAGGAGAGCCGGCAGGGCGGGCAGAGCGAGGAGGAGGGGGUCAGCAAACCUGCUGUGGUGAAGGGGGAGGACUGGAGCAAUAACAACAAUGAGGGUGACCACAGGAGGCUGGCCGCCCUGCCCAGCUCGACCUGCAGCUGCCUGGACUCACAGCUGUCCCUGGACGGCUGGGAGGUGAGUGCAGAUGACGCCGAGACGGCUGAGAUGAUCGCCCACCGGACGGGGGGCAUGAAGCUCUCGGCCACUGUCAUCUUCAACCCCAAGUCACCCUCCUCCCUGGACUCUGCAGUGGCCACCCAGGAAGCUCCAGGCCACGGCCUUUCCCCACUGGAGCCCGGGGCCCGGGGGGCUGGGGGAAGCUCCCACAAACUCAGCGCUGCGGCCACCAGCUGCCUCCUCCAUUCCUGCGUGUGCUGUGGGAGCUGCGGGGACGGCCGGGAGGACGCGGUGGAGCACCUGCGGGAGAAGUGUGGCCCAGGGAGCGUCAUCAGUGCCUCGCACCCUGCCACAGGCUUGGCCAAGGCCAGCGACAAGGGCCCCGAGGGACUGGACGAGGCCCAGCCUGCCCCUGAAGCCAUCCUGCCAGUGGAAGACGCCUCCGACAGACAGGAGGGCAAGGCCUCGGCUUCUAGCAAGUGCCUGGCACACGCCUCCGGCCCCCAGGAGGACUCGGCAAGCAGGCCGCACACAGAGGGCCAGGCCACGGGCCUGCAGGAGGAGCCGGAGGCCAGGGAGCGGGAUCCUGGGAAGCCCUCUGCGCCCGGAAGGGAGAGUCCGCCAGCAGAUGGGACCCAAGCCCAACCCCAGCACCGGCCAGGCUCCAGCAGCCCCCCAGCUGGUUCCUGCUCCUCAGACAAGACCCUGCUGGAGGCAGCCCCUGUGGCCUCGCCUGUCACCCCCGUGGCCACGAGAGAGAAGAUCCGGUCCAGGUUCCACGGCAGCCAUGACCUGAUCCACCGCCUGUUUGUCUGCAUUUCAGGUGUGGCAGAUCAGCUGCAGACCAACUAUGCGAGCGACCUGAGAAGUAUUCUCAAAACUCUGUUUGAGGUCAUGGCCACCAAGCCAGAAACAGAUGACAAGGAAAAGCUAAAGAAGGUCACCCAGACCCUGCGGAGUGCGGCCUUAGAGGACUGUGCGUUGUGUCAGGAGACCCUGUCAUCCUCAGAACUUGCAGCCAAGACCCGUGACGGGGACUUUGAAGACCCCCCUGAAUGGGUGCCGGACGAGGCCUGCGGCUUCUGCACCGCGUGCAAAGCGCCCUUCACUGUCAUCCGCAGGAAACACCACUGCCGCAGCUGCGGGAAGAUCUUUUGUUCCCGCUGCUCUUCGCACUCGGCACCGCUGCCCCGCUAUGGGCAGGUGAAGCCUGUCCGUGUGUGCACACACUGCUACAUGUUCCACGUCACACCCUUCUACAGCGACAAAGCAGGCAUGUGAUGCAGCACCCAGGCACUCACCAACACACCCAGGGCCAGGACUCCCAGGAAGGAGGCGAUGCGCCUGGCCCUGGUCUGUCCAGGCUGUGCUG